AGAGGAGGAGAAAGGCAGCUUACACACGCCUUCCAGUCCCUCCACUCAGAGCAGCCCGAAGACCGCUGCCGCUGCCGCCGCCGCCGCUUUCGCUGCUACCGCUCUGCCACCUGAGGGGACCGCCUGGACUCGCCGCCCCUGUUGCUACCCUCGGCGAUUCCUUUCUAGCACCGGCCUUUUUAUGCACACUGCCACUACCAUUAAAUAUUAUUAUUCCAAGAGAAGGAGAAUAACAGACCAGACUAAAAGAACCACGUACACCUUUCCGAAAUACUCAAGUGUCUCCAGGGAAGAGAGGGUCACCGGUGCUUGGAAGGGCAGCCCAGGGGCCAAGGGCAGGUGUUGAAGGGGAGGGAGGAAGAGUUGGGGCACUGCGUGGUGGAAAGUUGCUUGCGGCGGAGACCCAAAGGUCCAGCGCCCAGAGCCCAGGGGGACCGUGUGUCUGGGAGAAGCCGCUGCCCCUGCGUUCGGACCUGCGAGCUCGCGGGCAGCGCGGGGCCGGGGACGACGCCCCCUCCUGCGGCGCGGACUCUGUCGGUGGCCCCCGAGGAGGAGGAGGAAUAUGGAAUCGAAGGCGGGCCCCUCCUGCCGUCUAGUCUUCUGCCUCUUGAUCUCCGCCGCUGUCCUCAGGCCAGGCCUUGGAUGGUAUACUGUAAACUCAGCAUAUGGAGAUACCAUUAUCAUGCCUUGCCUACUCGAGGUACCUCAGAAUCUCAUGUUUGGCAAAUGGAAAUAUGAAAAGCCCGAUGGCUCCCCAGUAUUUAUUGCCUUCAGGUCCUCUACAAAGAAAAGUGUGCAGUACGACGAUGUACCAGAAUACAAAGACAGAUUGAGCCUCUCAGAAAACUACACUUUGUCUAUCAGUAAUGCAAGGAUCAGUGAUGAAAAGAGAUUUGUGUGCAUGCUAGUAACUGAGGACAACGUGUUUGAGGCACCUACAAUAGUCAAGGUGUUCAAGCAACCAUCCAAACCUGAAAUUGUGAGCAAAGCACCUUUUCUCGAAACAGAGCAGCUAAAAAAGUUGGGAGACUGCAUUUCAAAAGACAGUUAUCCAGAUGGCAACAUCACAUGGUACAGGAGUGGAAAAGUGCUGCAACCCCUUGAAGGAGUGGUGGUCUUAAUUUUUAAAAAGCAAAUGGACCCGGUAACUCAGCUCUAUACCAUGACUUCAUCCCUGGAGUACAAGGCAACCAAGACUGACAUACAAAUGCCAUUCACCUGCUCUGUGACGUAUUAUGGACCAUCUGGCCAGAAAACACUUCAGUCUGAACAAGCAAUCUUUGAUAUUUACUAUCCUACUGAGCAAGUGACAAUACAAGUGCUGCCAUCAAAAAAUGCCAUCAAAGAAGGGGAUAACAUCACUCUUACGUGCUUGGGAAAUGGUAACCCUCCUCCUGAGGAAUUUUUGUUUUACUUACCAGGACAGCCUGAAGGAAUAAGAAGCUCAAAUACUUACACGUUGACAGAUGUAAGGCGCAAUGCAACAGGAGACUACAAAUGCUCCCUGAUAGACAAAAAAAGCAUGAUUGCUUCAACAGCCAUCACAGUUCACUAUUUGGAUUUGUCCUUAAACCCAAGUGGGGAAGUGACCAAACAGAUUGGCGAUACCUUGCCUGUGUCAUGCACAAUAUCUGCUAGUAGGAAUGCAACCGUGGUAUGGAUGAAAGACAACAUCAGGCUUCGAUCCAGACCAUCAUUUUCUAGUCUCCAUUAUCAGGAUGCUGGAAACUAUGUUUGUGAAACUGCUCUGCAAGAGGUUGAAGGCCUAAAGAAGAGAGAGUCAUUGACACUCAUAGUAGAAGGAAAACCUCAAAUCAAAAUGACAAAGAAAACUGAUCCCAGUGGACUGUCUAAAACAAUUAUCUGCCAUGUGGAAGGUUUUCCGAAGCCAGCUAUACAGUGGACAAUUACCGGCAGUGGAAGCGUCAUAAACCAAACAGAGGAAUCUCCUUAUAUCAAUGGCAGGUAUUAUAGUAAAAUUAUCAUUUCCCCUGAAGAGAAUGUUACAUUAACUUGCACAGCAGAAAACCAGCUGGAGAGAACAGUAAACUCCUUGAAUGUCUCUGCUAUAAGUAUUCCAGAGCACGAUGAGGCAGACGAGAUAAGUGAUGAAAACAGAGAAAAGGUGAAUGACCAGGCAAAACUAAUUGUGGGAAUCGUUGUUGGUCUCCUCCUUGCUGCCCUGGUCGCUGGUGUUGUCUACUGGCUGUACAUGAAGAAAUCAAAGACUGCAUCAAAACACGUAAACAAGGACCUUGGUAAUCUGGAGGAAAACAAAAAGUUAGAAGAAAACAAUCACAAAACAGAAGCCUAAGAGAGAAACUGUUCUAAUUGUUGUCCAG